AGUCCGUUACGAAUUUCACGGUUUUACUCUUCGAUUCUCUGGUUGUUUAAGAAACACUCUCGUCUAACAUUCAAAUUUUAAAUCAUUUUAACAUCUGUUUUAAAUGUCUCAAAGAGAAAAACCUCAAAUUCGCAUCACCAUUUAUUGGAAUGGUCAAACUAUAGUUCUUUAUCUUUAAUUUCGAUGUAAAUAUGAUUAAAAAAAUAAGCGACAAGGAAAUUGAAUGGUGUUUGGGACCCUUUUCCCGGCUUAUUCAUCUUACAAGGCUGUGAAGACGAAAAAUGUUAAAGAAUACGUGAAAUGGAUGAUGUACUGGAUAGUUUUCGCUUUAUUCACGUGUAUCGAAACCGUAACCGAUGUGUUCCUCAGCUGGUUCCCGUUUUAUUAUGAAAUAAAAAUAAUUCUCGUUAUUUGGCUGUUGUCACCUGCAACUAAAGGGAGUAGUAUUUUAUACCGGAAGUUCGUCCACCCUAUGUUAAGUAGUCGCGAACAGGAAAUCGAUGAUUAUAUUAGCAAAGCAAAGGAGCAAAGUUACAAACAAGUUUUGGAGAUUGGCUCAAAAGGGAUGAGUGCUUUAAUGCAAACAGCCCUAAAAGGCGGUGGCGGUUUGGUUAAUCAAAUUCGAAAAAGCUACAGUUUGAGCGAUUUAAGCGAACAGCGCCACGAUCUCCGCGAUUACGAAAGCACCGAAGAAACGGAUUCUUUGGUUGAGGCGCGUGUGAUUCGUCGCCAAAAGCAUUCUCCGCGCAGAAAUAGCCCGCGAAGACACACAACAACAUCGGCGAUUUAUUUCUCCGAGAUUGAUGUCCGACAUGAUGCUUUAGCAACGAUACAAUCGGUUGAAGAUAUUAGUUCUGGGUAUUCUAGUGGGGAAGUUCUUCAUCCCGGACAACCGCCGAAACUUCAUGUUCGUGAGGGAUUAGUUCGGACUGCUUCUAUUGGAGGUGGAACUAAACCUAGACCUACUAGAGUUACUAGGUCAAGUUUAACUACAAAAAAAUCUGAGUCUGACGAAGAAGAAGAAGUUCCUUUGGUAUAUUUAAACGAUAAGGCUCGUUUCCUGCGAGAUUUGCAAAAAACAUCAUCAUCAUUUUCAACGGAAGAAUUGUCUUCAUCAUCUUCAUCGGGGGAAGAAUUUCGCGAUUGCUUUGAUUCGGAUGGUAAUGUCACUAGUAAAUCCGAAAAUAAUUUAAAUAAUAAUACUCCCAUCCCGAUUCAAUCAUUAAAAAACGAAAUAAUUAAAAAUCGCGGCGGGAAAUAUCAUAAAAAAGUAGCUCCUUCUCCCCCCGUCUCAAAAAGUACAACUUGUGCAGAAUUAAACGAAACUUUAAACCCAACCAUAAAAGCAACGUUGGUUUUGAAGCCGGGGGUUGUUAAAUCUUUGGGUAAUGAAGAAACUAAAAACGAGGUGUUUUUAAAUUCACCGAAUAUGCGAAGAAGAAAUUCGAAUAGCUCUUCGCCGACUACAUCGAAAUCGAAGUUGGACGCUUCGAUAUUGAAGUGGAAGAAAAAAAUUCAUUUUUGGCAGAAAGAUGAUUCCGAUGAGGUUUCCAGAUCGUUUUGGUACGAUAAAGAACAACAAAAAUCAAGAAGCGAAGAAGAUUUUACGAAAAUUAAGUUCCGAAAAAAGCUUUUGGAGAAGAUUAAGCUUUUAAAGGAAGAUUAAACUUAUAAAAGAAGACUAAGUUUAUAAAAGAAGAAUUAAAAAAUUACAGGACUCAACCAGCGCUACUUUACCACGGGCUAAGAAAACGAAGAAAAAAACUGUUUAAGAUGUGAUUAAAAGAAAAGGAGCAAAAUAAAACGCGCAAUUUGUGUAAAAUUCGUUCUUUUUUGUAUUGUUUUUUUAGUAUUGAGAGAAAAUUUAAAGAAAUAGGUAAAUAAGUAUAAUGAGAAGAAUUAGAUGGUUUUUUCGUAUAAGUGUUGAUUGACAUGCAUAUUUAAUUUAUUUCUGAGAUUUUAAGACUACUGUUGAUCGUAGAUUAUUAUUAAAAAAAAUGUAUUGCAUGUAUUUUAGUCAUUUGUUACCUCCUAUUAUUAUUAUUAUUAAAGUAUUGUAAAUUAUUAAAUUAUUAUUACUUGAAAUUAGACGUAAAAUGUCUAUAAAUAUGCCAGUUUUAAUGUAAAUGAAUUCCUAAAAUAUAAAUAAAUUCCUUAAUAAAAUCAA